AUGGCCGACUGUUCUGGAUUAUUGUGCUCGGCUAAAUACAUUCCUCACUAUCGACUUGCACCCCAAGGAGUGGAUUGGCCAGGAUGUGUUUAUGACGAGAAUAUCACCCGACGACCUUUAUUUCUUCUUCUUCGAUCCGAUGAACUUUCCCCUAGGGUGGAGACGGCUUCUACAUCUUUGUUCAUUGUGGUCUAUCUCUUUGACGCUAUCCUAGAUUGUCGACUCUCUGAGGCGUUCAAUUUGGGGCCUGAAAUAACGGGUGUUUUUCGAGUCACCGACAGAUGGCAUGAGUUAAGCAAAAUUUUGCUUGCAAAUGAAGAUCAUCGUGAGAAUGAGGAUGCUGCAACUUCACUUUACAAGGAAGUGGGAUCCUACUUUAGGGGUGUAUACCUUAUUAUAGAGUCAAUAGGCACUUCAGCGUUACCUAACGUGAAAGCUGACUAUCCUCCAGAAGGUGACUGCCUCCAGACUCCCUUCGCGUGGAAUGCCAUAGAUCUCUCCACUGCAGUGACUCAGAUGUGUCAGAAAACCCUCAGAGAUCCCAGACGACGGCACUUUAGUGCCUCUGAAAGAUGCUAUUCUGUGGACCAUAGAGAAGGUCAAAGCCAGCGGACGACUGAAGCAUUUCGACGACCACGGCUCCUCUCCGACGCAAAUGACUCGCUAAAACAACCUCCACGUAGUCGAACCGUUUCCAACGAUCGUCGCUUCUCUGUCAAUGCAUUUGAAAGUAGCCCAAGCGAUCUACAAGUCCGCGAAGUCAUUAGCAAAGAAUCCGAUUUACAAUCUUUAGAAGAAUCCUCACCUCUGUGGAGGCUUAACACGGACGAACUGGAAGAUUUGCCUAAAUUCGUCGAGUUUAAUCUCCAAUUGACCACACGAAGUUUUAUUAAAAAGGAUUUGACCACCGGUAGCCACUCCAGUGAGAUCAGGCGGACGGUCAUGGAGGUCUUUAAACUCCAGUCCUCCGCCUGCAAUAUGAGCCCUUGGGUACACGAUAUACCCACUCGGGUGGGGCAUGGUCAUCCUCUGCGUCGAUUGAAAACGUUCAGUGGACAAAUGAAGGUUUCAAUGACGGGAAAAGUAGUGUCUGCUUGUGGACUCUCACGUCACCUCCGGAGCGCCAACUUCUGCUCCACUGAGGGUGAGAUUCUCCUUACUAGAGGCUAUUCAGAAACAAGGCUUCAGGAGGUGAUGGAAUUCCCCACCAUUGGACGUGUUUUUCCUUUCAAUUUUUCAAGAAAUCUCCUCUACAUUUAUCUACAGAGCGUUACUUUCGGAAUGCUCAAAAGCGUUUCAAAGAACAUCGAAAUUGUUAUACAGUUGUGGUGUUCGGAUGCCAGUGGAAGGCAUACAAUUCCGGCAUUUCACAAUCUCGGUGCCCAGAAUGUGCUAAAAACUGAAGCUCGAACUCAUGUUAUCCUGAAAAACCGAUCACCUGAAUUCACUGAUGAAAUCAAAGUGAUUCUUCCGAAGGAGCUCAAUUCGAACCACUACUUGCUCUUUACUUUUGUCCACGUCGACCUUUCACCUUCACGUGACACCAGCAAUUCCGUCCUUGGUUACUCGUGGCUUCCGAUUCUCAUUAGUGGAAGAAUAUUUUCUGGAGAAGAGAAGCUUUAUCUAACCCAUGAUCAUCCUACUCCCGAAAUGGCCCAAACAAUACCUAGGCAUGUUGAAGCCUUGGCAAAGGAUGACAUGGAGGCCGGGAAAACGCAUUUUCUCAACAAGACGUCAUUUCACCUCCGUGUGGUGCCACUCAGCAGUUUGUACCAAGACGAUGACUUUGUCGCCUCAGUGAUAAGAGAAUGUAAUUUUGCGAAUUUCACGGAAACAAGUGAAUCACUGAGCAAACAGGACCUCUUUUUGGCCCAAUCGGGAUCGGAUUCUCUAUCCUCUCCUCCGCCACUGCUUUUGCAUCUCCAGAAGGCAAAACUGAACCAGCUAGUUUUGCAUUUGGUGCCAAUCAUGGAUGGACUGCUACAGACUCUAGGAGCCUGUCUGGUACAAAACAAUGUAAAAGCAUCACAAAAUUUACUCACCCUGCUGGCUUUCUACAUUCAUCGUAUAUCAAAGGGUCUCUCCGACUGGGAAGAGCAAUUUACUGGACGCAAUCGCUUUAUAUGUGCAUAUUUAUCAGGCAUCGGAAGGUGCUCCAUUGAGCAUGUUCUACCAUAUCUUCUCUCCGGAUAUCCAAUGAUGGGACUGGCUUGGAUAGAUGAUGUUUUCGAGUACCUCCACAGGUCUAAUGAGAAUUUGACCAAGAAGUUGCAUGAGGAAUUGCUUCAAUGCCUCAUCGGUCAGAUUGCCACCAAUACUCCGUUUUCCAGGAACUUCUAUGAGGAGACGUUGUGGUUCUUCUUGGAACUGCUGGUUCGAACUCUAAUCGUGGAAUGCAAAAUUAGCGAUGAAUCCGCCAGCCAACUUUUUGUGGAAAAUUUGGAUCUCCUUACUCGGGAAGUCACGAAAAGCAUCACCAACCGCCUAAUGCAGGACGACAAGGAGGAAACCUUUGAUAGCACUUGCCUUCUGAAUCGCGCUUUCGCAUUCUUUCUGCAGGACCUUUUAAUCUGUCUCAAUGCCACUCAUGUGUUUCGGUUUACCUCAGCUUACAUGCAGGCAAUCAACUCAUUCAUUGAAGAAUUGCUGGCACCCAGCUCUUGGAACUCGGAGGAUGAAGAGGCAGCGUCAUCUCGAGACAAGAAGGUUCGAAAUCUGCAAUUACUGAAACUAGAAAUGCUUCAAAUCCUCACAGCCGCACCAGACUAUCUGGCUCUGAGUCUACCCGACCAAAGUCUGUUGCCUGAUACUGUGCAUUCAAUAAAUCAGGUCGCUUACUUUACCACAUUUGAGCAGGAAGAUGAAAUUCUCACUGAUCCAACCUACCAAAGACUACACUUUUUACCAGCGAUGCUACUGGGGGAAAUUCGCACCUGCCUCCUUCAUUCAGAACCCGCAUUGCAGGAGAACGCCCUGACUACCCUAUGGUACCUCAUGAAAAGUCACGAGUCCCAGUCUUGCACAUUUAGAGCAGGGCGAGAAUCCUCCAAUCUCUGGGAUGCGGCUGCGCUUUACAUCCCACUUCUAGACAUCGCUUGCGACAAUGCCUCUGCCAUGUAUGUCAGUUGGGUCGGUGCCUUGAAGAAGCAGGAAAGAGUGCUCAGAGAGGUGGCAAAGGUCUCUGUACUUUUGGAUGCUCAGCGGAGCUCAAACGAUGGCGCUUCGAAGCGGUCCGGGUGGAUUUUAUCUUCUAUGACUGCUAAGGAACGGGUUAGAUGGAUGGGUCGUCGUAUCUCGUUAACUCCGGACCGUAGAGGAUCAGUGGAACAUCGUUCAUCUAGUGCACCGUCACUUCCAUCACAACAAGAGUACACCACUUUCCCUAGCCCAAGUAAAACGUGGAUCCACGCUGUCCUCUCUUCAGCUCCCUUCUCACUGCCCAGCGAGACGACUCACGUAUUCAGUGACUGUGUCACGAGACUCCUCCUCUUAGAGACGCUUUGGAUCCUCCAAUACACUCAUCGACAGGUCCUUCUACAGUGGCUCGUCACUAGGGGUGUUGAAAAGGCGCAGAAUCUUGUUGAGCUGCUCAUUCUUGCUCUCAACUACUUUGAGUAUCCGGGUGGGAAUGAGUUUUUGACCGAGUCAACGGACGAAGACUCCAAAGUCGUUCAGAAGCUCGGGGAGUCGCCCAUUCUCCAGUUGAAGAGAUUAGACAAUCUCGGGUGUCAAACUACUGAUACACUACCAGUCGCGUGUCGUGAGGAGACAAAACUUCUCUACCUAUUUGUGACCUCGGUCGUGUGUAAAACUUUAGAUCUUCUCAUUAAUGCCUUUGAUCAUCCCCUUUCAGCUAGUGAUGUGACAGGGGAGGAGAGUGACAACCUGAUCAUAUCUUCCCGCCUCAUUUGCAGUAUUGCUAGAGCAUACAUCUUUGGUCUGAGCAUGCACCACUGUUCCAAAACAUUUCAGCUUCUUUGCUGUGGCAUGUCCGAAUUGAUCUCAAAGUUCCCACAGUACUUCCUGGACGAGGCGUCGGUUACACACUUCGUGCUUUGUCGGGUGCUACUACCUCAUUGUGCCUCUCCGCUGAAAAAAAUUAGGAAGAUUGCAAAUGCUGCUGCAUUUCACCUCCUUCAACAGUGCCACCAAGUUUGCGAUCACCUGUAUCCUGUGAAUGGCCAAAUGGCCCUGGCUCUACACUCCCUCCUAGCACCCAACGAUCUCACUCUUGACACAUCAUCCUCCCCCUCCUGGUUCGCCCGACGCCUAGGGGUCGUGACUGAGUGUCUCUCCUACCUCACCGAGGCUAGCACUAACCUCUACUGGCACCAUCUCCUCUCCCACCUCAUCUACGACCGCAGGAUUCAUGGUGGUCAGGAGGGUGACCCGCUGUUUCCCACACUCGCUCCCCCUCAUAUUCACUUCCUUUUGGCAAGAGCACAUCUUUCGGCUUGCUUUCGGGCGCUCAAAGAAUACGCUAAGGCGGAUACAAGGGAAGGAGGUGAUUUAGGGAGAAAUAAAGGUAGUGGAGGUGUGUCAUUCAACGGACUACGUUUUGCAAUGACGUUUGCAAAUACCCAAGCGCCUGAUGCUGGAUUUCAGGCUCAACUUAAUGCAUCUGUGGAUAUUUUGCAUGAUAUAUUCACAUGCCUCCUUCAUUUCAACGAUCUCCAAAGACGCUAUACCGGCUCCCAGAUCGUUGAAAAGGACGACCGAAUUUCUGUGGUCGAGUUGCUCGUUGAUCUGGCAUCUGUAUGUCGUCUGCUUCCUGAACUGCGGCAGUACUGGCUUUUGCGUCUUGCAGAGGUCCACUUAUUUUUCAAACAGCCAGCAGAAGCAGCCCAAGCCCUGCUUCACACCCUUGCCAUCGAUGUGGAACAGAUGGUGAGCCGGAAAAGCUCCCCCCUCUUCACCGUCCUAAGCGAAGGCGUUGAUUCCAUGGCGCGUCAAUUGGGAUCGCCAAACCUCCUAGAGGAGUCGGCUCUAGAACUGGCCGUUGGACUUCCAGCCUCCACUCCUCUCCCAAUCACAGCUGAACGCUCCCUGCAGAAGACCUCUGCAAACGUAUUUGUGAAGCGCUUUUACGAGUUGAUCGAAAGAAUUGCUAAGUGCUUCCAUGCGGCCGAUCAAUCUGAGCAGAUUCCAUCACUUUGUUACUGGAUUCUACCGAUUUUGUACUCAACUAGGGAACAAGAGUGUCUCCGUCAGGUGUACGAACUUAUUCGGACCUCGCAUAGUGCCAUAUACGAACCUGCCCGAACAAAUCGCCUCUUCAAUACAUACUUUCGAGUUGGAUUUUACGGCCCUCUGUUUGGUGACCAGAAUGGCAAGGAGUUCAUCUACAAGGAGGCCCCACUGACCAAGCUGGCCGAGAUUACCGCCCGUCUUCAGGAGUUUUACUCGCAUCAACUUGGUGGCAAACCGGUUGAGAUAAUUAAGAGCUCCAGUCGAGUUUUUGCUGCAGAUCUCGAUGAGGCCAUUGCCUACCUGCAGAUAACAUAUGUGGAACCGCACUUUGAGGAAUUCGAGCUUCGAAAACGAAGACUCGAGUGUGAAAGAAAUUAUGGAAUUAAACGCUUUGUGAUGGUGACACCAUUCACACAGGCGGGUUUCGCGCAUGGUAGCAUUUCGGAGCAGUUCAAGAGGAAGGUGAUUCUGACGACGUCACGAUGCUUUCCCUACUUGAACCUGCGACUCCCGGUCAUUGGUCACGAGGAGUUAGUUCUUUCACCCAUAGAGGUUGCUAUUGAAGAUGUCGCAACGCGCAAUCAACAGCUAGCACUGGCAAUUCACACAGAUCCUCCUGAUGCAAAAUUCCUUCAAAUGGUCCUUCAGGAUGAAACGGCUCUAUUUCAGGGCUGCGUGAGCACGACUGUGAAUCAGGGACCCCUGGAGGUUGCGGUUGCCUUCUUGAAUAAACGGGGCUCCCCUUCUUCGUCAGCGUCCCAAGAGAACCCCGUCAUCACUGUAUCAGAAUCAGAUGACGAGCAGCAGAAUGAACUCCGGCUCUGUUUGAAGGAGUUUCUGCGCAAAUCGCAAGAGGCGGUGCGAAUGAAUCGGCAGUUGAUUGGUCAAGACCAGGAGGAGUACCAGCGCGAGCUUGAACGCAACUUCGUUCAAAUUAAACUGCAAAUGGAGCCCUUUUUAAAACCUCCGAUAUCUUUCCGGGAUUUGAUAACUGUGGGAUCUGGGGAGGGCUACAGGGACAGCCCGAAGGCAAUGCCGCCCAACGAAAGUACAAUCGGCGGAGCUUUCAGUGCCCGCUAA